UGACCAAAAAAAAAUUGAAAAAUUGAAAAUUGAUUCUUGUCCUGAAAGGUUUUCUGUUUUUUAAAUAAUUUUAAAUCUAAAUUAUCAUCAUCAUCAUCAUAAUCAAUUUCAAACAAAUGGCCGAAUAUAUUAAAGUUGCUGAAGAUGAAGGUGAAGAACCGAUUGAAAUUCCUUGUGAAACUGACAAUACAGUUCUUCUGACAACAUUGACAUCAUUGUUUCCGGGUGCCAGUGGUAUUAAAUAUCGUAAUGCCGAAUCCGGUACUAUGCGUGGUUUACGUUUGAUUGAUGGUAAAAUACAGCCACCUGAAGAAGGUUGGACACAGGUACCACUUUAUUAUUGUUGCUUUCCAAAAGAAAAUAAACGAAAAAUUGAAGAUUCUGCCGACAUGACCAGUAGUAAAACAAAACGUAUUGAAGAAAAGAAAAAAGUUUCUGAUCUAAUUGUAUUGGGAUUACCUUGGAAAACAACCGAUAAAGAAUUAAAAGAAUAUUUUCAACAAUUUGGAGAAUUAAUAAUGGCUCAAGUGAAAAAACAUCCUAAAACUGGUGAAUCAAAAGGUUUUGGUUUCAUUCGUUUUGCUGAUUAUGAAAAUCAGGCAAAAGUUAUUUCAAAAAGGCAUUUAAUUGAUGGCCGUUAUUGUGAUGUACGUGUACCAAUGUCUAAAGAUGGUUUUAGCAAUGAUCAUCGUAUCCAGGAAGCUAUCCAAAAAAUAUUUAUCGGUCGACUGACCGAAGCUAUUCAAUAUGAUGAUCUAAAAGAAUAUUUUUCUAAAUAUGGUGAAAUAUCCGAUAUAUUUAUACCGAAACCAUUUCGUGGAUUUGCAUUUGUAACAUUCAGGGAACUUGAUAUAGCUCAAUCAUUAUGUGGUGAAGAUCAUAUAAUUAAGGGAAUAUCCGUACAUGUGAGUAAUGCUGUGCCCAAGUUUGAAAUGAAUUAUCAUGGCGGUGCUGGCUAUAAUAGUAAACCUUAUGGUCGAGGAGGAGGAGGAGGUGGUGGUGGUUAUGGAGGAUAUUCAAAUUCCUAUGUUACACAUACACAUCAUCAUGGUGGUUAUCAUACACAAAGUCAUUUGGAUAGUCCACCAAUACAUACUCCACCUGGUACUGGAUCAGUUGCCGGUAAUGGUGCCGGUGGUCCACCAGGUAGCUAUUCAAGUUCACCAUAUGAUUAUUAUUCACGUAGCGGUUCGACACGUUCAAAUCAUAGUUAUCAUGAUGCAGGAAACCCUUAUAAUAAUCGUUAUUCACAACAACAAUAUAAUUCAUCCGAUUAUCCACCAUAUUAUUAAUUAAUUAUAUUUAUUCAAUAUAUCAACAACAGAAUAGAAUGAUUAAGAGAAAAGUGCAGCAAAAACAAUAAGUGAAAAAGAAAAAGUUUUUUUCAUUAAUAAUAUCGAUUUUAUACAGCAACAAUGACACACACACAUUUGACCGUCACAUACACAAAUCUCUCCCUCUCUUAUGGCAUGAAAACUGUCAUUGCAUAAAUUUCAAACCAGAAAGAAAUUCAAAUGAAAUAUUCCAUCCAGGUUAGCUACAUAACCACCUCAAAAAUUUAUAU